AAACGCUGCCGCUAGUCUGUGGUCAACCUCUAAAUUCAUCAAAUAUCAGUCAACAUUCAGCGUUCGUGAUUCAGUAUCAUUGUGAUUCCGCCGCCAUGUUGACUAUUUAGCGAGUGUUGUACAAACAACGCGCAGAUGUAAUUUUUUUCCUUACUCAAUAAAUAAAAAGGAUUAUAUUUUAUAAUUAUUAAGCAAAUGCUUAAGAAAUAAGUAUUGUAAUCAGUAUAAGCACUUUGUAGGUUCCUUGAAGUUACUGCUCAAAACCAAGAUGUAUGAUACAGAAGAAGAUCAGUAUGAGGAGGAAGAUGUGGAAGAAAUAUCAUCAGAAUUAUGGCAGGAAGCUUGCUGGAUAGUAAUUAACGCGUAUUUCGAUGAAAAGGGUCUAGUGAGGCAGCAACUAGACAGUUUCGACGAGUUCAUACAAAUGUCCGUACAAAGAAUUGUUGAAGAUUCUCCUCCUAUUGAACUCCAGGCUGAAGCACAACAUUCUUCUGGCGAGAUAGAAAUUCCACCUAAAUAUCAUUUGAAGUUUGACCAGAUUUACUUAUCCAAGCCAACACAUUGGGAAAAAGAUGGAGCUCCAUCACCAAUGAUGCCUAAUGAAGCACGUUUACGUAAUUUAACUUACUCUGCGCCUUUAUAUGUCGACAUUACUAAAACAAUUGUUAAAGAAAAUGAAGAUCCUAUUGAAACACAGCAUCAAAAAACUUUUAUUGGGAAAAUUCCCAUUAUGUUGAGAUCUACUUACUGUUUGCUUAGCAAUCUUACUGACCGAGAUUUGACUGAAUUGAAUGAGUGUCCCCUGGAUCCUGGUGGCUAUUUCAUUAUAAAUGGCUCAGAAAAGGUGUUGAUUGCUCAAGAAAAAAUGGCAACAAAUACAGUAUAUGUUUUCAGUAUGAAGGAUGGAAAGUAUGCUUACAAAACUGAAAUUCGUUCCUGUUUGGAACAUAGCUCUAGACCAACAUCUACCCUUUGGGUUAAUAUGAUGGCUCGUGGUGGACAAAGCAUAAAAAAGUCAGCUAUUGGUCAAAGAAUUGUUGCAAUUGUUCCAUACAUUAAACAAGAGAUUCCUAUUAUGAUUGUAUUCAGAGCUCUUGGUUUUGUAGCUGACAGAGAUAUUUUGGAACAUAUUAUUUAUGACUUUGAUGAUCCUGAAAUGAUGGAAAUGGUAAAACCUUCCCUAGAUGAGGCAUUUGUUAUUCAAGAACAGAAUGUGGCUCUAAACUUUAUUGGAGCUAGAGGAGCAAGGCCUGGUGUGACUAAAGAAAGGCGUAUAAAAUAUGCUAGAGAAAUUUUACAAAAGGAAAUGUUACCUCAUGUUGGUGUUUCAGAUUUUUGUGAGACUAAAAAAGCUUAUUUCUUGGGCUACAUGGUACAUAGGUUACUUCUAGCUGCUUUAGGUCGCAGAGAACUUGAUGACAGAGAUCAUUAUGGAAAUAAAAGGUUGGAUUUAGCCGGACCAUUGUUAGCUUUUCUGUUUCGUGGAUUAUUUAAGAAUUUACUUAAAGAAGUAAGGAUGUAUGCACAGAAAUUUAUUGAUAAAGGCAAAGACUUCAAUCUCGAAUUAGCUAUUAAAACAAAAAUUAUCACAGAUGGGUUAAGGUACUCUCUUGCUACUGGUAACUGGGGUGACCAAAAGAAAGCGCACCAGGCUAGAGCUGGUGUAUCACAAGUGUUAAAUCGAUUGACAUUUGCAUCAACAUUAUCACAUUUGCGAAGAGUUAACUCACCAAUUGGCCGUGAUGGCAAAUUAGCUAAGCCUCGACAACUUCACAAUACACUUUGGGGUAUGAUUUGUCCUGCUGAAACGCCAGAAGGUGCAGCUGUAGGUCUUGUAAAGAACUUGGCACUAAUGGCUUAUAUUUCUGUUGGAAGUCAGCCAUCACCAAUUUUGGAGUUCUUGGAGGAGUGGUCUAUGGAGAAUUUGGAAGAAAUAGCACCGUCAGCUAUUGCAGAUGCUACAAAAAUAUUUGUAAAUGGGUGUUGGGUAGGAAUACAUAGAGACCCAGAACAAUUAAUGGCUACUUUGAGAAAACUGAGACGUCAAAUGGAUAUAAUUGUAUCUGAAGUCAGUAUGAUCCGUGAUAUUCGUGACAGAGAAAUAAGAAUUUAUACUGAUGCAGGAAGAAUUUGUCGUCCAUUAUUGAUUGUUGAAAAUGGAGCUCUUUUGCUUAAGAAAAAGCAUAUUGAUCAGUUGAAGGAAAGAGAUUACAAUAACUAUGGUUGGCAAAAUUUAGUAGCAAGUGGUGUUGUUGAAUACAUUGAUACUUUAGAAGAGGAGACAGUUAUGAUUGCUAUGAGCCCUGAUGAUUUGGCUCAAGUUAAAGAAUAUGCUUACUGUACAACUUAUACCCAUUGUGAAAUCCAUCCAGCUAUGAUAUUAGGAGUUUGUGCAUCAAUUAUUCCUUUUCCUGAUCACAAUCAAAGCCCAAGAAAUACAUAUCAGAGUGCUAUGGGUAAACAAGCUAUGGGAGUGUAUAUUACCAAUUUCCAUGUAAGAAUGGACACUUUAGCACAUGUGUUGUAUUAUCCACACAAACCACUGGUCACAACAAGAUCUAUGGAGUACUUGCGUUUCCGUGAAUUACCGGCUGGAAUCAAUUCUAUUGUUGCUAUUUUGUGCUACACAGGAUACAAUCAGGAAGACAGUGUCAUUUUGAAUGCUUCAGCUGUUGAAAGAGGAUUCUUUAGAUCUGUCUUCUAUAGAUCUUACAAAGACUCUGAGUCUAAGAGGAUUGGUGAUCAGGAAGAACAGUUUGAAAAGCCUACUAGACAAACAUGUCAAGGAAUGAGAAAUGCCCUGUAUGACAAGCUGGACGAAGAUGGCAUUAUAGCUCCAGGUAUCAGAGUAUCAGGAGAUGAUGUUGUGAUUGGAAAAACUAUUACUUUACCGGAAAAUGAUGAUGAACUUGAGGGAACAACAAAACGUUUCUCAAAAAGAGAUGCAUCAACGUUUUUGCGUAACAGUGAAACUGGUAUCGUCGAUCAAGUCAUGUUGACAUUGAACAGUGAAGGUUAUAAAUUCUGUAAAAUUAGAGUACGUUCAGUGCGCAUUCCCCAAAUUGGCGAUAAGUUCGCCUCUCGCCACGGGCAAAAGGGAACAUGUGGAAUUCAAUACAGACAAGAAGACAUGCCUUUCACUUGUGAAGGAUUAACACCCGACAUUAUCAUUAACCCGCACGCUAUCCCAUCUCGUAUGACAAUUGGUCACUUGAUUGAAUGUAUUCAAGGGAAAGUAUCGUCGAACAAAGGCGAAAUCGGUGACGCAACUCCCUUUAACGACGCAGUAAAUGUGCAAAAAAUUUCAUCUUUAUUACAAGAAUACGGUUAUCACCUACGUGGUAAUGAAGUAAUGUACAAUGGACACACCGGAAGAAAGAUAAAUGCUCAGGUGUUCUUGGGGCCUACUUAUUACCAGCGUCUUAAGCACAUGGUGGAUGACAAAAUACAUUCACGAGCUAGAGGACCUGUGCAGAUUUUGGUUCGACAACCUAUGGAGGGAAGGGCAAGGGACGGCGGUCUCCGUUUUGGGGAAAUGGAGCGUGAUUGUCAAAUCGCUCACGGCGCAGCGCAAUUCUUACGAGAGAGACUAUUUGAGGUAUCAGAUCCAUACAGAAUCCACGUCUGCAACUUCUGCGGUCUCAUAGCUAUUGCAAAUCUUAGAAAUAACACUUUUGAAUGUAAAGGAUGUAAAAACAAAACCCAGAUUUCACAAGUAAGACUACCCUAUGCCGCGAAAUUAUUAUUCCAAGAAUUGAUGUCUAUGAAUAUUGCGCCAAGGCUUAUGGUAGUUAAUUAACAAUGUCGUAGUCUAAGUGACUUUAAAAUUGUAUUGAUUGAAUAAAUAAAAUUAUUUUAUAACAUUU